CACCUGAUUCCUUUUCCGUAAGAUCACUAUCCAUGGCAUCUCCAGCGCUGCAAAAGUCGACGACUCCAGGUCCGCUUCAGAACAUAUACUACGAACGGAAAGUAGCCACGGAAAAACCAUGUUACAUCUGUCGUCGCCCUACCACCACUGUGCUCGCCACGCUCAAGAUGGAAGAUUGGCUAUACGCCUGUGAUGGGCAUUUAUCUGACCUGGGAUUUGCAUCUCUCAUACCACCACCCACACCUGCUUCUCCUACACCAGCAAAACCGUCGCCAGAAGAUAUACGCAAGGUGGUCGCAGAGUACCAAGCUCGAGAAGCGGGAAGGUCCAAAUCUGCCGCUGGGAAGGAUAAAGAAGGUGAAGGGGGACCUAAAGAUCAGGAUAAGGGUAAGGAGAAGGGUAGAGAGUCACCGAAAUCGCCAGCAUCCCCAGCGCCAGCAUCAACACCGACGCCAGCUCCAACACCAACCCAUCGGAAGUUUGCUCUCCAUCGUGCUAUCUUUGAUAUGAGGAGGAAUGAAUUGAAGAGACGGGAGAUGGGUGUCAAAGCGAGGGAGGUUGGGAGGGGAUUACCACAAGUUCCUCGGACAGGAUUCUAGAUGUAUGAUUUGAUUAUAAGGGCAGGGAUUAUAUAGCUGUUUGUACAUAUAUAUGCAUAUGCAUUG